GUUGAUUGAAAUCAGCAGCAGCUCUGCACCAGGUACUGAAGGGGAUCCAUUCAAUGUGCCUUGCUUGUGACUAUUUCAGAUGUUACCAACUUCCUUUGCUUUUUGGCAAGCAUAAUGAGGAAAACGCUUUGCUUCUGCCUGAUUUUGUCUUUCUUAUGGGAACAGAUGGUGAAAGCAUAUAAAUAUAUGAGUGGUAUUUUCUUAGUGACUCAUCCAUCAAAGGAAGGAGCCUCAGACUGUUCCAGGCAGCUAACCAAGAUGGACGUGAGCAUACUUGAAGAGCAAUACGACUGUCUAAAACAGAAGCAAAAGCUGCAGACACACGUUAUUGUAUUUAAAACAGUGGUGAAUGAGACAUUUCCCAAGGAAUCCAUGAUCAGCACUGUUUUAAUUAACAAGAAAAUGAGGAAAGCAAAAGCAUUUGAAGAAGGCCUUCCCAUCAGAGAGGUCAGCCUUGAGUUGCCCUGCAGUGAAAGUAUACAAGAGAGUUCACCAUGGCGGAUACAUCUAGGGAUCCACCGUCUUGCACAACGAGAGCAGCAGAAAGGUCCUUGUGUUGUUAUCCAAAAUAAGAAUGAAGAGAUUAGCACUGAGAGUAAAAUACUGUCUCAGAAGGAAAGUGUGAUGUCAUGUAAAGAAUCCAUUGGGUUACACAGCAAACAGGAAAAGUCAAGCCCUGAUGAAAAGACAGACAGUUCUAAUUCACCUUUGCCAUCAGUCACUUCACCAGUUUGGACACACUCACAAAUUUCAGCCUCAAAAUUGGUGCUAACAUCCAGUAAGCUACCCUAUUACCCUUUCCCUCAGAAAAAAACUCCCAAGAUUUCUGAAGCUGCAAGAAGACUUGGACUUUAUGUUUCACACUGAGAAUAUUUCAGAAAGAAGGAAAGUAAAGGUUGGUUCACACAGUCAGAUUCCCCUAUGUGUAAGCAACUGCAUGUUCCUUCUAGACACAUGUGUAACCAUAAUUGCAUGGGACACAGGAGAAGUGUUCCAUCCCUUGUGGUCAUAGAUGUGCAGCUCAGUUUGCACAAACAUUUCCCCCAAGUGCGUGCAUGUGUGGCUGAGGAAAGUCUACUAGAACUUCUCAUGUGUAGAGGAACAGCUCAUGCUAUAUUCGGAUUUCAGCAGAAAAAUAUUUUUUGUGCCCCCAUCUCCUAUAUCUUGCAUGCAGCAUUUGGUGAGGGAGAGUGGCAAAACUAUGUUUAUUUUGCUGAGGGUUUUUAGCUCAGCCCAGUUUCCCUAUUCCGCAGAAGA